AUGCCAAAGAAUUUGGGAAAGUUAAGAGAAAUCCAGGAGGACUAUGUAGCCCUGGAAGAACUUCAGGACGAUACUUACGACAAAAUGGUGAAAGGGACUAGUAGAGGAGAAAAUGUGGUAGAACCACAGAAUCCCAAAAUACCAGCCCAAGGAGCAGCGCGAUCCAACAACGGAUCAACCCAGUUCGACAAGCAUCGGACUGGAGGAUGGAAAUGGCGAGACCAGGACCAACAAAAGAAGGGAAAGUUCGUAGACCCAGUUUACACGAAGUUGAACACCCCCAUAUCCGAGAUCCUUAAGAAGAUCGAUGGAAAACAUAAAAUUACUUACCCAUGGAACAGAGGUCAGCAGCCAGAACGGGCCAAAAAUAGAACUGACUUCUGCGAGUUACAUCUAUUCCAUAGCCACAUGACAUACUCGUGUAGGGACUUGAAGAAUAUGGUGCAAGAUAUGAUCGAUAAAGGAAAUCUUCGAGAGUACAUCGCGCAACCAGCGAUCCCACUCGUUGUCGGGGCACCCAUACAUCGUGUGGAAAUUCCACGUGAUGAAGGUUUCAGUGUAUCCAGAGAGCUCCCGAUUGAGGAGUGGAUGAAAUUACCUAUCAGCUUUUCAGCCUCAGAGUCACCCGAUGGAGGACGAAACCACAAUGACCCACUCGUGGUCACGAUGGACAUUGCACUUGCCGAAUGCGAAGGCGAGGAAGAAAGACCAAAGACAUUGCCAUGGGCAAUGCCCAAAAUCCUAAUCGAUGGGGGUAGUUUCGUCGAGAUCUUGUUCUAUGAAACAUUCAAACAGAUGGGUCUUAGAGACGAUUGCUUAAUACCCUCUACUUACAACAUAUUUGGCUUUAAAGGCUCUUCAACCCGCCCAAGGGGCGGGGUGACAUUAGAAAUCUGGGUGGGUAAAAUCCUCACCUUAACCACUUUUUGUGUGGUAGAUGUAUUAUCACCCUACACAACCAUUGUCGGCCGAUCCUGGGUCUAUGGGAUCAAAAGAGUGACCUCGACUUACCAUCAAAGGCUAAGGUUACCUACGCCUGAUGGAGUUGCGGAAAUCAUCGGAGACUCUGGCGAGGCAAAAUACUGCUACGAGAUGGACGUUCAGAACGGUGAAAACAAGGUGAACUCCCCAAAGGCGCAGGCAAGGAGGGCCAGAAAUGCCAAUACCUUGGCUGAAGUCCAUGAUACAAUUCAUGCACCAAUAUACUCGGACGAUGCCCCAUCCUUGUGCAACAUUAUAAUCUCGGAGUCGCCUACAUAG